GGCCAGAGCUGCACUGGUAAACGAGAGUCGCGCGACGCCCUUCACCUGGGCAGGUGAAGCAGUGCAUACUCUCCUCUGGGCAGUUGUCACAGCUGCAGCUGAGUUCCAGUUUAUAAUACAAUUCCCUCCAGCGCCCCGCUCUUCAUUCCCAACGAUUUCACACUUUCAGUUUGACCUUGUGUUACAUCGAAGUUUGUGCAUUUUCGGACUUAACCUACAAUAGAAAUAAGAGACAAAGGUCAGCUGCUUUCCUUCACCACGGACCUUACCUUUAUCGUGACCUGACCACGGCCACUGGUAGUCGUGGAGUAGCUGCUGACGUGUUGAAAAAGCGGUGUAACGCGCUGAUGGUGGUGGCGCAGGUCAAGAUGAGGUAUGAAGACCCCUUCGAUGUCGAUGCUUUCAUCAACAGUCUCCUCUUCCUCAAGAAGUACCCCGGGAAAAAUAUACGGAUGGAGGAAUCCCAGAUCCGGGCGUUGGUGGCAGCGGCGCGUCAGGUUCUCCUGGAGCAGCCCACCCUAGUGGAAUUGGAGGCGCCUGUCAACAUCAUCGGGGAUAUCCACGGCCAGUUUAACGACCUACUGCGGCACUUCGAUAAACUGGGAUACCCUCCUGACCAAAACUACCUGUUCCUUGGGGACUAUGUGGACAGAGGCAAGCAGUCUUUGGAGACCAUCUGUUUAGUCCUCGCCUACAAAGUCAAGUAUCCCAACAAUUUCUUCAUCUUGAGAGGCAACCAUGAAUGCGCCUCCAUCAACAGAAUAUAUGGAUUUUAUGAUGAGUGCAAAAGAAGAUACAAUGUUAAGCUGUGGAAGACUUUUACAGACCUCUUCAACUGCUUACCCCUCGCGGCAUUGAUUGAGGGCACCAUCUUGUGUAUGCAUGGUGGCCUUUCUCCAGACCUUCACAAUCUUGAACAGCUGAGAGCAAUUGAGAGACCACUGAAUGUUCCUGACUCUGGUCUAGUCUGUGACAUACUUUGGGCUGAUCCAGAGGAGGAUGUGCGAGGCUGGGCACCCAAUGACCGUGGGGUAUCCUGGACCUUUGGAGGGGACGUGCUCAGGGCCUUCUUAGAGCAUCAUAACCUAAGUCUAGUCGUGCGGGCUCACCAGGUAGUUGAGGAUGGCUAUCAGUUUUUCGAGAAGAGAUCAUUAGUAACAUUGUUUAGUGCUGCCAACUACUGUGGGGAGUUUGACAAUGCUGGGGCAGUGAUGGGUGUUAGUGAAGACCUCACCUGCUGGUUCAACAUCUUACCUCCCGAUCGCCGACGCACUUACAUCAAGAAAUGAAUGAUGGAGGUCUUGUUAAAGUGAGCAUUCUAUUUGUGGCUGUCACUUGUCAAGUCUUCUACAUGGCAGCAUGACAAUGGCACUUCCAGUAGAUAACUCCAGUACAACACAUAUGUGGAAAGCUGGAGCUCCCUAUAUCCUCCAGACAUUAACUGAAUGUUGAAUUUUGAUAACAGAGUUCUUUUUUUAUGGAUUACCUGAAGCUUUUGUUGCCUCUGCUACUACAUUUCUUUUCCUUUUUUUUUUUCAGUAGCACUACAACUCUGGUUUGGGUGGGCAUGGCUGUUAUGAAGACAGCACAUGUCGAAGCUUUCAUGAGGACAAUAUCAUUAACAUCUUGUGGCUCAGUUUUAUUAACUGUACUGAUACGAAGAGUCAGUGUCCUUCUUUGUAGAUAUAUUUUCAGUCUUGGAGGAUGUUCAUCUUUAUGUGGAGUAGACUGACAUAAACCAAAGAUUUAUAAGUUUCCAUAUAGCUGGUCAGUAAUUUAAAGUUUUAACUUUAAAUAUGUUUUAUCUUUGUCCUGAAUGUAUUUAUAUGAAUGUUCAGAUAGAAGGAUAAUUAGAGAGACCAAUAUUACAAAUCCCUCCAAAAGAAACUUAGCAAACCAGUGUGAAAGCUAAGCAUUAUGGUUGCAUGACUUUGGACUGUUUUAUAGUUCAGAUGUUCUUCCUUACUCCUCAACUCCUCUGAAUGCAGUGAGUACCAGUGGGUCGUCCCAAAAGCUGAGUGAGAUAAUGCCUAAAGAAAAUUAUUAUUGUGUAAUGUUUACAUAGAAUUACAAUUAUAACAAUUUGAAACUGUUUAAAUAGAUUUAUUAGCCAACCAAUAACACUAUAAUCAAUGCACAUUUAGCAUUUACAUUACAUCUGAAAAUUUUUAUAGUUAUGUCAAUAAAAGAUUUUUCUACAUUCCACAGCUAGAUUUGUCUUCCUGUAGGGAUGUGAUCCACAGAUACUUUAAUCACUGAUCAUACAAUAAAAUAUUUC